AGGAACUGGAAAAUAUUGAACUUAGAGAUGCUCUGCUUUUGCGCUACGAGUAAAAGACCCUUUCUUUCGUUUCGUGCAGAGUCAAUUUCGCUACAAAUCUGAGUUUUCGGCCGUAAAGUGUAUCUAGUGAUUGCCUGAAGCAACUGAGGAGGACUCUUCCAAGCAAUUCGCAGUAAUAGUUCUAACCUCAGGUAUUUCACAUCGAAGUCCAAGCAUAGCUGGGCUGCUUCCAAAUGUGGAUUCAAAUGAAUACCUCUUCCUUCAUUUUUGCAGUUAGAAAGCAAGCUAUGUGCUCUCUUAAAGACAUUGUGCCUGCAGCUGAGAACAUCAUAAAUACACAAUUCAUAGUUUUGAACAAAGGCAAGACAGCAUCAGAGGGCCAAAAUAAGACAUGCUUGGCACUUGUGGCUGAUGAGACAGCCGCAGUUCACUUCCAGCUCUGGGGGGAUGAGUGUGAUGCCUUUGAGCCUGGUGAUAUUAUCCGUCUAACAAAUGGAAUAUUCUCUUGCAACCGGAGAAGUUGGGUGCUGAGGGCGGGCAAGAGAGGGAAGGUAGAGAAGGUGGGAGAAUUUACCAUGGCAUAUGUUGAGACACCCAACAUGAGCGAGAUUGAAUGGGUUCAUGAUCCAAGUAAGUCCAAGUUCGUGCUGAAGGCUGUUAUUUCACCCCAUUCACGCAUAUUUCCGCCAUUACCUUAACUUUUUCACCUUUUGUUUCAUGUAAUGGUCCUUCUCACUGCAUUUCAAAAUUAUCAACAUUGAUGAGAUUGUAAUUUCAUGUAUUUCGUACUCUCAUCACAUCAUCUUUAAUCAACAAAGGGAUCUGACUUGCAAUGGGCAAUCUCGAAAUUUGUUUCAA